AUGUCUUCUUCGACUUCAAGUCCAAACACUCGCCGCUAUGUGGUCUGCCUGCUUUACAAUGAUAACUCAGAUAAGGCAGAAGCUUGGCCCUUUCGCGAGCAGGAGGAGGCAGACGUUGCUGACUUGUGGCAAGACAUUCGUGACAAUCAUCACCUGAAGGGCAAGGAUCUAACCCUUUACAAGGUUGACGCACAGCUUGACAAACUGUAUGUUAAACCACCUAAGGAACUUGUUGAAGAUGUUACAAAGGUCCUUGCAAGGGUUCGAGAGCGUCAGCCGAUGCAGCCUGCACUAUCUCUUGCAGAGUACUUUCAUGAAGGGCCUGCACCCCAAAAGGAUAGAAAGAUUGAUGUUAUUGCUUUUGUCGACUCAACAGGCAUUCCGGCCAAACGCUCGCGUCCUAGUGAAGAAGAAUCCCCUCAGGCAUUACAACGACAACGACAACAACAACUCCAGCAGAGGCCAGUACCUUUUCCUACAGAAGCAGGGGCAUACUUUCAUAUAGACCCUGGUGCCUUCGGUUGGCAGCUUGAGCAUGUGGAUGACUGGUGGAAUUUCUAUGUGUUCUGGACCAACCAAUCAUCCGACUUCGAGUUCCAGCAGUCUGUUGUUGCCCUUGCCACAAACAAGCAGGGUCUCGAUGACCCCAACCACAGAUUGUCCGAACUCACAGAAACUUGUUGCUGCCUAUACGUUUUACCUUUCUAUCGAAGGCUGGCAGAGAGAAUCUUCAUAUUCAGGAGGGAGGAUCAAGAGAAAGGCAUUGUUCUCACUGGCCAGCCAGGAACAG